AUGUCCAAUGUCAAAACACGCCACUACUCGUACGAAUGCAAGGUCCAACUUCAGGAGCGGCCCUACAACCCCAGGCCGUCUCGUACCCAGCAGUUACUCAAUCCCAAGCUAGUUCCCAAGCUCACCAACGACACGCCGGAUGAUGCUACGCGGAAGAAGGGAGUUGCGGACGAGGAACUGGCCAAAAAGGAGGCCGAAAGGGCUCGCAAGCGGGAGCUAGAGGACGAUGAUGAACCCAGCGCACGGGAGCCCGAAUUCAAGCGCCAACGCUCCAGCUCUGUGGACUCCGUCUCCUCCAUCUCGACGAGGUCUUCCAAAUCACCGCCCCCGCGAAGGCGAGCGUCGCCCUCGCCUCGCCAGACCCAGGAUCUUUCGCCACCCGCCCGGCGGCCGAGGCGAAACCACGUCCCGGUCGACGACAAGAAUCCCCUAACCGUCGUGAGCGUCCCGGUUCGCGGCGAGGACCUCGUGACGACUCUUUUGAAAGAGACACACGCCCGCCUAUGCGUCAAACACGUCGCCCUUCUGUAUCUGACGAUGAGAGACCAGCGCCUAGACGACAGCAGAGGUACGGCUCACGGUCGCCGGGCCGACCGGAUCCCAGGGAUCGACGCCGUCCAGAAGAAGGUCGCUAUAGGGAGUACAGGGAUCGGGACGAGGGGCGUGGUGGACAUAGAGGUCCUCCACCAGAACCUGAGCCACCGCGAGAGCGCAGUUUGA